AUGUCGUUCUCGACCCUCCCCCUAGCCGCGCUCCGAAAGUAUCUCACCGAUCGUGGACUUAUACCUGAUAUCCUCGACGAUCUUGAAUAUCCCCUCGUCGGUCUGGUGUUUUAUUUCCUUUCGCGCUGGAGAAUGAAAUUACUUGAAGAUGCCAAACAGAGGACCGAGCAGGAAGUGCAAUCUAGCGGUCUUGCCACUUCAGCUCAGCCAGAGAAACUAGAAAAAGAGUCGAUUACAGAGACAAACGCCAACGGCAAUGUCAACGCCAACGGCAAUGGAAGCGGGAAUAGCAAAAAUGCGAGGAAGAGAUUGACCAGAAGUCAAAGAAAGGCUCGUGGGCAGAAUAGAAACAGCUCCAACCAGAAUAGGAACAACUCGAACCAGAACAAGAACGGCUCAGCUCAGAACAAGAAGAACCCAAACCAGAACAGAAACGGCUCGAAUCAGAACGGAAAUGCGAGAUCGAACAGGAAUAAACCACCGGUACAGCUGAACCUGAACAAAAUCUCUAGGAAGAGACUUCAGAAGACCCCUCCUAUAAGCUGGGAGGGGUCAAUCAGGCAAGCCGUGAGCUACUUUAUUGAGCAUCAUCUAGAAGAAUUGUACUUCCUCAGCCUCCUACUUCUGUUCACUCGUGAGAAACUUCCUGGACUUGAACAGAGUCCGGAAGGGGACUACGACCAGAUGGUGGCACGAGUCUUGAUAACCUUCAUGGGUUUAGGCACUCUGGAACCGCUGAGGUGUUCUCGAUGGGAUAUCGAGGCUUGUGGUCUUGGAAUGUUUACCUACUGUUGUGUGUUUUGCGACGAAGGUCCAGGCCCAUGGAAAUCUGCAGCGAUGGGAGCCAUUGGUCUCUGCUCGAUAGGGGGACUAAUCGAAUGUAUGCUUUGCGUCAAGAUCGGCCACUGGGUUUGUUGGCCUGCGUUAUGGUUGACAAGCGACAACCUCAGUGUAUUCGACAUGCUCGUUCGUAUCUCGGCACUUGGCCCACUGAUCGAUAUCGCCGAGACUAUCACUUAUUCCAUCGCCUCCUAUACCUCGCCUGUAUGGUAUGCGAGUAGACGGGAGUUUAUGCAGAGACCCCUUUAG